AGUUGGACGACUAUCGAAAUUUCUGGCGGCCCUCCCCCUCCUCCUCUUUAGCUUGCCCCCCAAACGAAAACCUCAAACCAUCAAAAUCUGCUCUCUCAUUCCUCACGAACCAAAAACCAACAAAGAAACAGAAGAAGAAGAAGAAUGGUGCUGUGGGAGAUCACAUUGGGAACCGCCUAUUUCUUGGGUCUGAGACGAACUUAUAGACUCGCCUUGAGGAUUCAGCGCCGCGUCAUUAGCCCUAAGCACCCAAAGAUCCGCGAGUUUGCUCACAGGCGAACUCGUGCCGUGUUUGACGUAGCGGUCAGUGUUCACAAGAACAUACAGCAAAGAGACAUAGAUUUGGGUCGGAACCUUGGGAACUGGAUCCUACGUUGGCUUGAUCGGAUGAAACCAUCAGCUAAUAUUCGAGCUCCGCCUGAACUCAAACUCCCUAAAAAUGGUUCUAGCUCGGGUAUGAGCAUGACGAAGCAGGUAAACUCAUCCCACCAGAAAAAUCCAGGCAACACCCAUAUCAGAAAUCAGGAAUCUGAUAGGCAUAUGUUUUCAUCAAUCACAAAUGGGCUGCCUAAAACCCUCCCUUCAAUUUCCAUGAUGAUGAGAGCAAGAAGGACUUCUGGGACUAUGACUCAGUAUAGGAACUUAUUCACUAACAGACCUGAUGCAUUUAGGCCAGACUACAACCGAGGUAGCUUUGGGGGAGUUAUACGUAAGGAUAUAAUGCAGUGGAUGCAGCAAAAUUGAUAGCGAAAGAUUGUAUUCAAUUUGUGUUCUAGACCAAAGAAUCAUAACAAUCAUGCAUGAGAUUGAAUUACUGGAGCAUAUGAAUUUAGAGGGUGUGUGUUUUGGAUGUAAUAGAGCUCCUCUGAAUCUGAAUUUUGUUUUCUAAAAUCCGCCUCGAGAGCUUUC